CUGUAUAUAAAAUACUCGGCGUUGUAUGUAAUAAUGGAUCAAAAACAGGAUGAAAACGUUAGUGAAAUCGAAAUGCCCAUAAGAAACCCAUGGUACAAAUACGUGUCAGUGGAACCGACCAUGUUCUUAUACAUGAUGGCCUACAUGAUCACCAAUGUCGUCGAACAAACAUUCUACGUGUUCCGCGCCUGCAACGUCGACCACGGAUACAGCGAAGAGAUCUGCUACAACAUAACAAGUUACAAAGAAAUUAAUGAACAAGUACAGGUGACAGUCUCCACGUUCCACCAAUGGAACGGCGUGGCCUGGCACAUAGUGCCUUUUGUCCUCGCGUUUUUCCUAGGCUCCUAUAGCGACAAGAGAGGAAGAAAGUGCAUCCUGCUGGCAGGGCUACUCGGGAAACUGUAUUUUUCCGUAAUGGCUACUGUUAAUACUAUGAAUGCAUGGCCGUUAAAUUAUGUGAUAUAUACGGCCACUUUUCCUAGUGCCUUAACCGGUUCGGACUUGGCAAUAUUCGCGGGCGUCUUCGCGUAUAUAGCUGACGUCACUUCGCCCGAAAAUAGAACCCUAAGAGUUGGGAUAUUAGAUGCUGUUUACUUAAGCACUAUGCCUUUGGGAGUUUUUAUUGGUAACAUUUUAUACGUGCACGUCGUGAACAGGUCAUUCACAAUAAUGUUCCUAAUCAACAGUAUUCUCAUGUUGCUGGCGACAGUACACUGUCUGUUGUUCCUGAGAUGGCAGACGAGGCUCGAGCAGUCGUCGCUGCGGGAUGCCGGCGUCACUAACCCGGUGGCGGACUUCUUUGACAUCAAAAAUGUGAAGCAAACUAUGCUCACUCUGUUUAAAAAGAGGAGUAACCACCGCACAGUAUUUUUGUGGUUCCUACUUAUAUCUAUGGCGCUGUAUACGUUCCAGAGAGACGAGAGGCCGUUCAUGUACCUGUACGUCCAAAACGUGUUCAAAUGGGACACGACCGCCUACAGCAACUUCAGGACGUACAGCAGCACAGCGUACGUGCUGCUCAUGUUCAUCGGCAUCCCACUGAUGACUAAAGUGUUCCGCUGGAGGGAUACGGUAAUAGUGAUGCUAGGAGCCACUUCCCACAUGGCCGGUCACUUUUUGUACGCGCAAGCGACCGCUGCCAAGACCCUGUACGUCGGCGGCGCAGUGGCUGCACUAGGGCCCUGUGUCGCGCCGCUCGUCCGCUCUAUGACCUCCAAGGUCCUGCCGUCUGGUGAACGAGGUGUGGCAUAUACAUUUUUAUCGGUUAUGGAGAACGCCGUGGCUAUGUUCGCCUCCAUUAUAUACUCGCAAGUGUAUAAUGCCACGCUCGGCACCAGUUUCCUGAAUGCCAUCUUUUACCUUACCAUCGGGACGCAAGCCGUUGUGUUUUUAUUUUCACUCUGUAUGGAGCUAAAUUUAAGGGGCCGGCGGCUCGAAUCACUGUUACCGGAGGACGAAAGAGAGAUAUCGGCGCGGUCUCUUAGGGCCGCUAUCAACUGACCUAGAGGUGCGGAAUUUAAUAAGCAUUCGUGACAACAAUCUUCUUCCUUGACGCUGCUACCCGAACAUACGAAACAUGUUUCAAAGUCU